AUGAAAAUGUCAAAAGAACUCGUUGAGGCGUUCAACGCCCUGCCUCGCCGGGCGAAAACACCGUCGGGACGCGUGUCAAAUGAAUGGCAUUUCGAUAUUCGCUACAUACAAAUGGAACCUGGACCAUCCCAUGUUGUCUACUUUAUUCAGCCUCAGUCUCAGUUCACCCAUAUGGAAAGAUUGCCCGUCGGGUUGGCGAGUAAUCAAAGCGGUCUCGUGUUCUUCCCUGAGACUGCAAAGGAUGCUGCACCGGUACUCGCCAAAGGCAUUCUCCAUGCUUUCAUCAACAAUAUGGGUAUGAACGACAAGAGAAUGUAUCCCAACGCGCCUGCGCCAUACGCCCCGUGGAAACUCUCGACCAACGACAAAUCGCUCGCGGCCGCCGUUGGCAACGAGUUGAAGCGCCUGGGGGUUCGCCCUGAGGCGUUGUGUACAAUUGGAAUUUCUGGACAAUCGACUACUCGUCUCGCACAGGAGUCCUUCGCCCGAUUCUUUGAAACUCUCAAGAUGGCGUGCGGAUUGGAAGGGAUAGUGGCCGCUUCCAUCGAAGCUCCGCAGUCCAUUGGCUUUGAGAACUAUCAAGUGCCGCCCGCUCUGCGUCGUUCUUCCUUCGAUGACGAUACUGAUGAUGAGGGUAAACAACUGAACGCGGUUUUGCAAUACUACAAUGUCUGGUCCAGGGGAGUGCCUUCUGAUGGUGUCGAAUACGAUGCCAAGAGGAGUGGGGACGAGAUGUAUAAGCAGAUGGAAAUCAUCAAAGCGCGCCUUCAGGAGAAACCAGAGAGUGUUGUUAAUGCUGCUGCUGACCGAGGUGACGCAGAGGCAGCUUUGGACUAUGGUAUCCGGCUUAUGGUUGGUCUCGGGUGCAAGGCAAAUCGCAAGCGUUGCCGUGAAUAUCUUAUCAAAGCCGCAUACUCCCCAAAUGCAUCUCCACUUGUGCAAGAAAUGGCGCAUUCGAUACUGAUUCAUUGGUACCUUGAGUCUGUAGAUGGAAAAAUACGCACUCGUUACGCUUUCGCUGCCGCACACCAUUGCGAAACUGCGGCAAAAUUGUGCCCCACUCUGUCCUCAGCUCCAGCGCCUGGCUCCCCUGGAGUCCUCUUUUUUAUGUCGAGGACUUUCAACAAGGUGUCUGAAAGGUAUCCAGAGUUCUAUUACUGGUACAAACAGUCUAUACACGCGCUCAAGGCGAGGGAGAUGGAGAUGGAGAAAGGCCGAGCUAAGAUGUUGAAAAAGAGAUUGAAGAACACCAUUCGCUACCGUUGUGCUGCGCCUAAUUGCGACAUUGAAGCGGACACUGGCUCAAAGCUGUCGCGCUGUUCUGGUCCCUGCGACGAUGACAAGAAGCCCUACUACUGCAGCAAGAAAUGCCAAAGGGACGACUGGAAAAAUCAUAAACCAUUCUGUCUCCCUGGAGCUGAGUGCUCUAUCAUUGACAACGGUACCAAAUACGACAUGGCGGCUACAGCCCCUGCGAACAAAUCCGAAUCCGGUGCUCUGCAGGUCCCCAUCAGCCUGAACAAUGGCGAAACUAUCAUGAUAUCAUCCUCGACCAUGGACGCUGAGAUGCUGAAGGGGAUUCAGGAUAUUAGUUUGAAGAUGAAUCGUAGGGGUCAAUAA